CUUGACUGACUUGGUGACUUGCUGCUUCCUACCUUGCGCCGGCCACGUCUCACUGUCGGUGGAUAGGGCUUCUAAUGCAAGAUUAACUCCAAUCUAUCUGCAACGUUGCACACAUUUGAUCGUUUUCCCUUUCCUUCCUACCCCUCCUCUCCUGGUCUCUUGCCUCUUUGGACUUCUAGUCCAAACGGGUCGCAGCUAAUGGAUCCCAGCUACAAGGCCCGCAAAGAGGCCUUUGUGUCUGAUCUUGCUGGUGGCAGCAUACUGGAGAUCAAUGCUGUCACAUUAGUUGCACCUGCCGCUGCUCUUUUAUGGUCAGCGCUACAAUCACGCCUUUCCUUCUUCACUCCUUACAGCGCAGCAGCACUGGUGACCGACUUUCUGCUCAAUGUACUGGCCAUUCUCUUUGCCACGACUGUCUACUCCUCUGCGCCAUGGACGCUGAACGUCCUGCUGAUCGCCCCCGCCCUCCUGCUGUUCCUCAACUCGAAACCUCCCCGCAGCCAGCAGAAGGCUAAACCUCCACCGAAGCCGACUCAGAGCGAUAGGAAUGCAGCGGACAUGCCCGAAUCCUUACCAAUUCACCCAUUUCUGACGACAUAUCGUGCAGCCAUGAUGAUCAUUACCUGUGUCGCUAUCUUGGCGGUGGACUUCCAGGCGUUUCCACGGCGGUUUGCAAAGGUGGAAAAUUGGGGCACCUCACUCAUGGAUCUGGGUGUGGGAUCCUUCGUCUUCUCAGGCGGGGUAGUAUCUGCUCGCUCUGUGCUUAAGGGCCGCAGCAGUGGCGCCCGGAAGACUCCCGUAGGCCAGCGGCUGAUCGCUUCCACGCGGCACUCGGUCCCUCUGCUUGUCUUGGGUUUGGUGAGACUGUACAGUGUAAAGGGGUUGGACUAUGCGGAGCAUGUAACGGAGUAUGGCGUGCAUUGGAACUUCUUUUUCACCCUUGGUCUUUUGCCACCCUUUGUGGAGCUCUUUGAUAGCCUGGCUGCCAUUAUUCCGUCCUACGAAGCCCUUUCGCUGGCAGUUGCUGUGUUGUAUCAGGCCGCUCUGGAAUCGACCGAGCUGAAGAGCUAUAUCCUUGUUUCCCCUCGCGGACCAAGUUUGCUCUCCAAAAACCGGGAAGGUGUUUUCUCGUUCCUGGGAUACUUUGCGAUUUUCCUGGCAGGCCGUGCCACUGGCAUACGGAUCAUUCCUCGCGGCACCACUACCCAACGGUCCCCCCAGCAGGCGAGAAGAGGCGUGCUGGUGACCCUGGGUGUCCAAGCGCUCGCAUGGUCUACGAUCUUCCUCCUAAACUCUACCUACGCAUUAGGCUACGGUGCCAACAUUCCGGUCUCGCGCCGCCUUGCUAACAUGCCGUACGUUGUUUGGGUAUCUGCCUUUAACAAUGCUCAGCUGUUCCUUUUCUGUCUCCUGGAGACAGCCUUCUUCCCAUCGGUGCAUCGGGCGUCGGGGAAAGACGGCGAGGCCGACCGGGUGUCUUUUGCGACAAGCCGGAUUCUGAAGGCAUUCAAUCGUGGUGGACUGGCUAUCUUCCUGGUGGCUAAUCUGCUUACGGGGGCUGUCAACCUGAGCGUCCCGACACUGGAUGUCAGUACGGCCCAGGCGAUGGCAAUUCUUAUCGGAUAUGCCGCGGCUCUCACAGGCAUAGCACUGGGUUUGGAUCGGGCGAACAUCAAGUUGGCAAUUUGAAGAAGUGCGAAGACAUCCCACCCCUCUCCAAAGAGACGUGAGGAAUAAUCAAAUAUAAUAAAGAACAAUUGUGUACAUAGACAAGUGGCCAUCUACUUACUUCUGGUCGAGAUGCGGACCGAAAUCCGGGGUUCCAGUAGAUUAGCAGCUGUUUGGGUUAAGGAGCUUAGCUUGACGGGC